GUUGCUUUCCAAAUGAUAAUAUUAGAGUUUUGUUCAGUUUUUUAUGCUCUUUCGAAUGAUAGAGUUGGAAUUUUAAAAAAAUUAAAAUUUUAUUAAGUAAUUGCUAAUUAUUAUUAAUUAAUAAUUAAAUAUUAAUUAAUUAAUUAACCACAAUAUAAGUAUAAUUACUUUUUACCAAAAUGUAGCCCAUUAAAUUCUGCAUCAAAUGGUAUAUAGAACAACUUUCAGAUGUUGUGAAAUAACGUAAAAAUUAGCCAAACACUAAAAAUGUGCUCUACUUUUCCCCUACAUUUUACUACAGUGUUUAGUAUUUUGACUAUAACAUUGUCAUUACUCAAUGAAAAUCAAAAAAUUUGUUUACAGAAAUGAUCAGCGAUAAAAGCUCUACAACAAUAGAUAUAAGAGAAAAUUUUAAGAAUAUCCUUGCUAUUCGUUUAUGUGUAAAAAUAAAAAAGUCCAGGCUUUUUUCAGCCCUCAAUGUAUGAGAUAAAUGUUUUUCAGUCCUGAGUUCUUUGCGCAACAACUUUCCCCAGUAAGAAUCUUGGACACUUCUUAAAAGUAUCUUACUAAGUCUUUUACUCCAAAAACGAUGCCAUAUUACUAGAAUUCAAUACUGCAUUUACAAAAAAAAUUCUCAGCGAGGCGUUGACAUUUAUUUAGUCAGUAAUUAUUUCUUAUUACAUUUACUUUUACCUAGUUUUUUAUGAAUUAAAAUGCGACACUCGUAUAGGUAUCAGUUCCCAUGCGAUAAUCAUAUGACAUUCCCUCGGCACUUCUCUUAUGAGAAGGAAACAAUGAAGUCAACAAGACAUUAGAAAUACUAGGAGUAUACUGUAGUGUUUAUAUACGCGGAUGUUCACAAAGCAAAAUAGUGAUUGCAAACAAAAUUUUGGCAUAGCUGCAUACCGAUGCAAGAAUAAUAGAUUUUUCUGACACUGAUGAACACCAGUUCGAAACUUGAAAAUUUCUUUACUAUAUUCCUCAACAAAAAAAUAUUUUUAUCGGCAUUUGUGUGCCACCGAUCUAGUACAGAAAAAUUCACUAGUUUGGCACCAGUACGCAUUUGUGCCAAACAAAACAUAUCAUUCCAUACUGAUGUGCACCGAUGCGGUACAAGUGUAGAUUAAGAAAAAAUUUGUAGAGUGUUGUACGCAGAAAUGUUCUAACAAAUGAUCCAACUAAAUUUUUAUAAAUCUCGUAUCUUGAAGGUUUUCAACGAUGCUCUGAUCAUUUCUAAGAAAUUUUAAUUUAUUUCUAUAUAGGGUUUCUUCCACUACUUUUUCACACUAAUUACAUUUUGCUGAAAAUAUAGUAUUUGAGUAGAAAAGUUUUUCGAUGGUAUACCAGAGUUAUUAUAGUAACUCGCAUAGAUAUGUUAGCGGUACGUUUUGUAAAUUUCAUAUUUCACUUAAUGGCUCUUAAAUUAAAUGAAAACGCAACUUUUUAGAAAAUUGAAUACGUUGCAUUUACAUGGAUCUAAUAAUAGCUUAAUAAUGCGGUUAAAAAGAGGGUGCAAAACUGAAUAAAUACUGGAGUUUGGCAUACUUAGAAAAUGCCAAAAAGUGGAUUUUCUAAAUGGUUUUCUAAAAAUCGGACAAAAAUAUUCUAUCAAAAUAUUAGCUGACAUCAAAGUAAACGAUUCAAUCAAAAAUGGCAACUAGAGCAGAGAAAGACUACUUAAAAUUAGCAUAGUUCAACUAACAUCUGAAAAUCCAUCUAAAAUCACCGAUUUAACCGUUUGUAAGAUUAUUUUCCCAUGCACAUGCCAAUCUCACUUCAUCAAAACUAUUACGAUUCAGAUACGCUUUCAAAUUAAGACAUUUGAUAUUAAUUUAUCGUUUUUAAAGGCUUCAAGGACUUGAAUAAAUAAUUGUGCCUCGUUUAGGCAUUAACUUUUAUGGUUUUAUUAGUGGAAUUGUUCAUUAUCGUUUUUCACGUGUCGAUAUUGUUAAUGAAUUAUUUAACGAGUCAAUCUACUAUUCAUUAUUAUCAUGUUUAUCGCUCUAUUCUCUAUCGAUAGCUUGUUUUUGUAAAUUUUAUUAUCGUCGUCCGUAUCCAUUUAUUCAUAAAAUAUUACAAUGUUCCGGCGUUCUACUUGUUUAUGUCUAUCAAAUAUGGCCAAUUGUAUUGCAAAUAAUCGUCUGUUAUAACUGUAGGUCAUCGUUAAAAUGGCAUUUGGCAGAAAUUCUAGCAUUUAUUGCUAGUGGUACACUAUUUGUGUUGAAAUUUCCGGAGCGCUUUCAUCCAGGUACAUUUGAUUUAAUUGGACAGUCCCAUCAUACAUUUCACUGGUUUAUAUUUCUAAUGGGAUUUUUCCAGUCGGAAGCCACUUACAGAGAUAUGUUACAGUUAAAAAAUCAAAUAAACAUUCAAGAUUUACAAAAAGAUAUAAUUUAUGCUUGUGCUAUAUUAACACUAGAAUUGUUGAUUGUUUAUGCAAGUUUAAAAUUAGGUUUUACACGCUUAGAAAAACACUAUAAAAAACACUUAGAAAAACUGAAUCAGUAUUCGAACAAGAGUAUUAUCGAUGAUGAGGAUGAAUUCAUCGAAAAAAUUGAGUAA